UCUUGGAAAUCUCCCCUUCCAAAUUCCAACCCGAGCAGAGCAACCAAACCAAAUCUGCAAUGCCGCGCCGCCGCGAUCCCAAACCUGCGAUGCCGAGCCGCCGCGGGCCGCCCCGGCCACGGGCCCGCCUCCCUCCCGGCGAACGCAAACGUCGCCUCGCCGAGGAAGUCCUCUACCUCCACUCCCUCUGGCACCGCGGCCCUGCCGCCCCCGCCCGAACCCAGCCCCGCUCCGCCGGCCGCAUAACCACCGAGAGCAAGCGCCGCAGGCUCGACAGCGCCGCCGCCGCCGCCAACGAGCCACAGGAUACCGGGACCGAGUGGGCCCUCGCGCCAUCCCCGCCGAAUUCCUCCCCGAAAACCUGGCCCGAGGCCGCGCCGGCCUCGUCCCCUUCCCCCGCGAAGCCUCCGCCUCCGCCGCCUUCCCCCGGCGCGCUCGCGCAGCGAGAGGCCCUCCGCUCCGCGGCGGAGUUCUUCUCCAACCGCGACUCCUCCGACGACGACGAGGACGGCGGCGGCGGGUCCGAGUCGGAGGGUGAGCAGGACGCGGCGGUGUUCAUCACGGGUCUGUUCGAGCGGGACGCCGCGCUGCGCGGCCACUACGAGCGGGGCUGGGAGGAGGGGCAGUUCGCGUGCGUGGCGUGCGCCGGGGGCAAGAGGAAGCCGGGGCGGCGGUUCCGGGGCUGCGUUGCGCUCGUGCAGCACACGCGCGCCGCCAAUCGGUACGGGAGGCCCCAGGCGCACCGCGCGCUCGCUGCCGUCGUCUGCCGCGUGCUCGGGUGGGACGUCACCCGGCUGCCCAGCAUCGUGAUCGAUCCGCGGGGCACGCUCGGGCAGGCGCUCGCUGCCGAGGCCACGGCCGAUGUUGAACUGGCGAAGGAGAAUGAUGCUACUGGGGACGACAAUGACUCUUCGAGUGAUGAGGAUGAAGAAAAGGAAGAAAUUGAGAAAGAGAAUGGAUACACAAGUGCCAAUGGUGACGAAGAGGACAAUGAACUAGAGAACAGUCAAGACUCUUCUGAAAAGGAGGAUGUUGAAAAAGGGCUGGAGGACUCUAGAAACACUGAGGAGGAGGAGGAGGAGGAGGAGGAGGAUAUUGAACUAGAUAACGGCGAGAAGUCUGCUGAAAAGGUUUGUGUCAGUAGGCUUUCGGACAUUGAGGAAUUGGAAGAAAACGGCACCUGGAAUUCCAAAGAGAUUUCUAAGAAUGAAGUGCUUUGUAAUAAAUCGGUUCAGGAGGUCAAUAUCAGUAAGGAUGAUUCCUUGAACCAGGGUAAUAGUGAAGGAGUUCACAGGCAAGAGAUUGCUAAAGAAUCUUCUGAACAGGAGAAUAUAAACAAUACAUAUCUGCCAGGCUCCAAAGAUGGAUAUAAAAAUGAAGAGCACUGAAAAGAAGCUGCUGUCCAAGAGAAACUCUAGAAGCAUCUCAUGCAUUCCUGGUAGCUGUGCAAAGACGAUUGCUGAAAUCCCGUUUGGAGAUUCAUUGGAUGGCUGGUGUUCGUGUUGAAGACGCACCAGGAUCCUUCGGCUAACUGCUUAGCUGAUAUAGCCGCCAGUAUGCAAAAACUUUUUCACUUUAUAAAAUUUGUAUUUCGGACUUUGGGAGACACAACUCCAAUGGUCGUGAAACUGUGAGGAACGUUUCCUCCACGAAGUAGCUGCUACUUACUCGAGCAUUGUUCAUCUUCGUUGAUGCUGUGCCUGAAGAAGUAAAAAUGCAUGGAUGGGAGAAACUGCUUGUUUGCUCCGGCUGUCACAUUAA